GAAACGUGCGCUUCAAAAGUUCUCUCCCAAAACUGGGAGUCGUCCCCGCAGCGGACGCGUGCAAAGAACGUUAAAAAAAGUGUUUGUUACAUGGCUUUAGUGAAAAUGCGAGCAAUAAUUAAAUAAAAUUAGGAAAAUAUUGUAAAUAAUAUAUAAGAAGAGCAAACAGAUUUUGCAGUGGCAGUGGCAGUGGCGGUGGGCCUGACGUGUCAUUUUUUGUAUCGAGUGCGAGGGGAAAAAAUAAUAAACUUGAUUACAAUGUUAAAUGUGGAAACUUUGGGCACGCAAAGCGUCACAGCGUAGACGCUGACGGCGACGCGGGCGCCGAUGUCGCAGCUAGCAUUGUGUAUAAUAAAAUUGGCGAAAAAGCCCCCCGCAACCUCACCCACAACCCUCUUGUAACAGAGUGUGGCCGGCCCGGCAGCGGCAGCAGCAGCAGCUUCAGAAGCAGCGGCAGAAGCAGCCGAAACAACCAAAGAUGUGCGCGCACAAUACAAAAAAUUACAAAGCAUACUUUUGGGAGCGGCAAUGGCCAAAAUCAACAGCGAUGCUGAGCGUGCGAAAUAAGCAAUAAGAAAGAAAGAGAGAGAGAGAGAGAGAGUGAGAGGGACAGAGAGACACACCAACAACAGGACGACGCUUUCAUCCGCAGAAAGAGAGGAGAGCGACAGCGGCGGCAGCAGCAGCGCAUGGCCAGUGGAAAAAUGGCUAACGCCUUGCGUGGGUGCAGCCAAAAGGAUAAGCAGAGGAUGAAAGCCAACUGAAACAGGGGACAAGGACACACAGCAAACGAGACAGCGAGAGAGAGAAGCGAAAAGGAAGUGUAAUCUUGAAAAGCUUUUGCUGAAAAUAUCACGUAUUCGCCAUGGAGCCGGUAAUGAGCCUUGCCCUGGCAGCCCAUGGCCCGCCCAGCAUACUUGAGCCUCUGUUUAAAACCGUAACUACGAGCACAACGACCACAUCGACGACGACGACCACAACCACAACGACGACUAGCAGUCCGGCGCACCUGUCGACGACAGGCACCACCCUGCUGACGGCCCUCCUCGAAAAUCUGACCACGACAGCGGCCAGCGGACUGUACGAUCCGUACCCUUACGCCAACAAGACGAACGGCUCGAUGGUCUUCGAGACGAAGGGGCCGCGAUACUCGCUUGCCUCGAUGGUGGUCAUGGGCUUCGUAGCGGCGAUUCUGAGCACGGUGACGGUGGCGGGAAACGUCAUGGUGAUGAUCUCCUUCAAGAUCGACAAGCAGCUGCAGACGAUCAGCAACUACUUCCUCUUCUCGCUGGCCAUCGCGGACUUUGCUAUCGGCGCCAUCUCGAUGCCGCUGUUCGCGGUUACCACCAUCCUGGGCCACUGGCCGCUAGGGCCGAUCGUCUGCGACACCUGGCUGGCCCUCGACUACCUGGCCUCGAACGCCUCAGUGCUGAACCUACUGAUCAUCAGCUUCGAUCGCUACUUCAGCGUCACUCGGCCGCUCACGUACCGCGCCAAGCGCACCACCAACCGGGCGGCGGUGAUGAUCGGCGCCGCCUGGGGCAUCAGCCUACUGCUCUGGCCGCCCUGGAUCUACAGCUGGCCCUACAUCGAGGGUAAGCGCACGGUGCCCAAGGACGAGUGCUACAUCCAGUUCAUCGAGACGAACCAGUACAUCACCUUCGGCACAGCGCUCGCCGCCUUUUACUUCCCCGUCACGAUAAUGUGCUUCCUCUACUGGCGCAUUUGGCGCGAAACAAAGAAGCGGCAGAAGGACCUGCCCAAUCUGCAGGCGGGUAAGAAGGACUCCAGCAAGCGCUCGAACAGCAGUGACGAGAACACUGUGGUCAAUCAUGCGGGCGGCGGCCUGCUGGCUUUCGCCCAGUUGGGCGCCAACGAUCACGACACCUGGCGACGGCUGCGCUCCGAGAGCUCUGCGGAUGGGGAGAGUGUCUACAUGACCAAUAUGGUGCUCGAUUCCGGCUACCACGGCAUGCACUCGCGCAAGUCAAGCAUCAAAAGCACCAAUAAAAUCAAAAAGCCGUACAACUGCUUCGGCAGCGUCAAGGAGUGGUGCAUUGCGUGGUGGCAUUCCGGGUGCGAGGACUCCGACGACUUUGCCUACGAGCAGGAGGAGCCUUCUGAUUUAGGGUAUGCAACACCAGUAACAAUUGAAACUCCUUUACAAAGCUCCGUCUCCAGAUGUACCUCGAUGAACGUGAUGCGGGACAACUACUCGAUGGGGGGCAGUACGAGCGGAGUAUGGCCCCCCAGCAUUCUGCUGUCGGAUGUCUCGCCCACGCCCCUGGCCCGGCCCCCGAUGCCACUCAGCUCUAUCUCGCAGAUGCAGGAGCUGAAUGCCACCGGAAACAACAGUCAAAACAGCAGCAAUAGCAGUGCGGCGGCGAACGCGGGAGUGGCCAGCUGCAGCAACACCAACGGCAAUGGAAACGUGAAUUCGAAUGGGAAUAGCGCUAAUACGGCGGUUCGUGACUCCCGCACGCUGCCCGUGAUCAAUCGCAUUAACUCCCGCUCCGUCAGCCAGGAUUCGGUCUACACGAUACUCAUUCGCCUGCCCUCAGACGGAGCCUCAUCCAAUGCACCAAUGAGCAGAGCAGGAGCAGCAGGAGGAGGAGGAGGAGGAGUAGGAGCAGGAGCAGGCUCAGCUGAAGCCGCUGCGGUAGGUGCAAGCGCAGUGGCAGUCGGCCAAGGCGAUUAUGCGCCCCCCAUCAAGAUGAUACAAGAGGAUGCGACGCCCUCGACACUGGCCAGCAGUGCUGCAGUUACCACCGUACCCCCUCUGGCCGCCCGCCGGCCGUUGCCGUCCCGAGACUCCGAGUUUAGCCUUCCGCUGGGACGGCGCAUGUCACACGCCCAACACGAUGCCCGCCUGCUCAAUGCCAAGGUCAUUCCCAAGCAGCUGGGCAAGGCAGGGGCCGCCGGCGCAGCGGGUGGGGCUGCGGGGCAGCACGCCCUCAUGAAUGCACGCAAUGCGGCGGCCAAGAAGAAAAAGAAGUCGCAGGAGAAGCGGCAGGAGACGAAGGCGGCCAAGACGCUGUCGGCCAUUCUGCUGAGCUUCAUCAUCACCUGGACGCCGUACAAUAUUCUGGUGCUGAUCAAGCCGCUGACCACCUGCUCGGACUGCAUUCCCGCCGAGCUGUGGGACUUCUUCUACGCGUUAUGCUACAUCAACUCGACCAUCAACCCCAUGUGCUAUGCCCUCUGCAACGCAUCCUUCCGGCGCACCUACAUCCGUAUCCUCACCUGCAAGUGGCACACCCGCAACCGCGAGGGCAUGGUGCGCGGCGUCUACAACUAGAUCUCACACACUACUCAUGCAUACACAUACAUAUAUAUAAAUAUAUAUAUCUAGGCUAAGAUUCAGUUCGGAAAACUACGUAUAGUUGCAAUAAAUGUUGUGUGCUAAAGGAAGGAAGGACGGAAGGAUAUGUUUGGC